GCUCUCAUUAUCAUAUACAUGAGAGUGACCGUCAGGAAGAUCAGAAAACGCCGGUGAAGGAAGCGUUUUGCGUGUUAAAUUAAGUUAGUUAGUGGAGAUUGCGUGCACUGAACUGAAACUGUUGAACUCUGUUGUUGUAGUUGUAGCUUGGUGGUACUUAAAAGAGUUAGUUAGCGGGAACACUUACGCUCACUCUUGCCUACUUCACUUGCCCUUGCGAUGACGGUGGUCUCACUCUUCCUCACCGCCACGAAACUCGCCGGAGCUGUGGUGACUCUCACCGUCGCCGCCAAUGCCUUCUCAUUCUCUCGUUUCCGCAACAAGAACCUUCGCCCUUUCCGCUCCCCUAUCGAUGAAUCCUCUGACACUCUCGCCCUCUUCAACAUUACCGAAGGAGAAAAUGGGUUUUUCUUUGGUCUGGCUACAGCACCAGCACAUGUUGAGGACAGACUUAAUGAUGCUUGGAUUCAGUUUGCUGAACAAAAGGCUGAUGACUCAGAGGUCAAGCAGGGAGUGGAUGCUUUGAUGGGCUCUGCUGCUGGUGAUGGUGGCUCUCAACAAGCUGCAUCGUCUCCACAACAAGUUAACAAGGGCAAGAAGCCUCUUAAGGUUGCUAUGGAGGCCAUGAUUAGAGGAUUUGAGAAAUACAUGGAAGAAAAAGAAGAAGAAGAAGAAGAAGGGCAAGAAGGAGAAGAAGAACACCACCAUAAAGUAACUGCUUGGCAUAAUGUUCCACACCCGGAGGAGAGGUUAAGGUUUUGGUCUGAUCCUGAUAUAGAACUAAAAUUGGCCAAGGAUACUGGUGUUACUGUUUUUCGCAUGGGAAUAGAUUGGUCAAGAAUCAUGCCAGAGGAGCCAGUGAACAGCCUUAAAGAAUCCGUUAACUACGCUGCGUUGGAGCGUUAUAAGUGGAUUAUCAAUAGGGUUCGAUCAUAUGGAAUGAAGGUGAUGCUCACUCUUUUUCAUCACUCACUUCCUCCCUGGGCGGGUGAGUAUGGAGGUUGGAAGCUGGAAAAGACAGUGGAUUAUUUCAUGGAAUUUACCAGGCUUGUUGUAAACAGUGUAUCGGAUUUAGUAGACUAUUGGGUAACAUUUAAUGAGCCCCAUGUCUUCUGUAUGCUUACUUAUUGUGCUGGAGCUUGGCCUGGUGGUCAUCCUGAUAUGCUGGAGGUUGCUACAUCUGCCCUUCCAACUGGUGUUUUCCAGCAGGCCAUGCAUUGGAUGUCUAUUGCACACUCAAAGGCAUAUGACUAUAUCCAUGAACUAAGUAACUCAUUAAAUCCAAUAGUCGGUGUAGCACAUCAUGUGUCAUUUAUGCGGCCCUAUGGUCUGUUUGAUGUUGCUGCUGUUUCACUGGCUAAUUCAUUGACUCUCUUCCCAUAUAUCGAUGGGAUAUCUGAAAAGCUGGACUUUAUAGGCAUAAACUACUAUGGACAGGAAGUGGUUUCGGGUGCUGGCCUGAAGCUGGUGGAAAAUGGUGAGUACAGUGAAUCUGGUCGCGGGGUAUAUCCUGAUGGCUUAUACCGCAUGUUGCUUCAGUUCCAUGAAAGAUACAAGCAUCUAAAUGUCCCCUUCAUCAUUACUGAAAAUGGGGUUUCGGAUGAGACAGAUUUGAUCCGCCGGCCAUAUAUCUUGGAGCAUUUGCUUGCUAUUUAUGCAGCUAUGAUCAUGGGUGUGCCUGUGCUUGGUUACUUGUUCUGGACUAUUUCUGAUAACUGGGAGUGGGCUGAUGGAUACGGUCCAAAGUUUGGGCUUGUAGCAGUUGACCGGGCAAAUAAUCUUGCACGGAUCCCCCGCCCAUCUUAUCAUCUAUUUUCUAAAAUUGUGAAUACCGGUAAAGUUACACGUGAAGAUCGCGAAGGAGCAUGGGAUGAACUUCAAAGAGCUGCUAAAGAGAAGAAAACAAGGCCAUUUUAUCGGGCUGUGGACAAACAUGGUUUAAUGUAUGCAGGUGGACUUGAUGAACCUAUACAGCGACCUUAUAUUGAGCGAGAUUGGCGGUUUGGUCAUUAUCAGAUGGAUGGUCUCCAGGAUCCCUUGAGUCGCUUCUCAAGACUCAUUAUUCGACCAUUCUCCCUAAAAUGGAAAACUAAACCUCAAAAGAAGAAUGCCAAAUUAGUUCUUCAGCCACUUGAACUUAGCAAUUGAUAACUUACCUAUUUCUCUUGUACCCAAAUUCUUAUAUUUUUAGUGACGAGCACUAUCAAUAUUCGACACAAGAUACCCUGAAUUCUAAGUUCCAUUAUGUCUGCAAUAUCGUAAGCUUAUUUGUCUUGUAAUUGGAAGCUUAUUUGUCUCAUUUUUUACCAAGAAUAUUCAAAGUGAGUAUGU